AACUCAUCAACUUAGUUUGAUCUUCCAUGGGAUCAUUCUUGAGUUGCUGUAGCAAAAAGAAGGUUGAAGAUGGGGCUAAUAUGGGUGGCGGAGGCAGCAGUUCGUGGAGGAUAUUCACGUACAAGGAGUUGCAUGCAGCAACUAAUGGUUUCAGUGAGGAUAACAAGCUUGGAGAAGGGGGAUUUGGUAGUGUCUAUUGGGGCAAAACCACUGAUGGCCUUCAGAUUGCUGUGAAGAAGUUGAAAGCAAUGAACUCAAAAGCAGAAAUGGAGUUUGCAGUGGAAGUAGAAGUGCUAGGAAGGGUUCGGCACAAGAAUUUGUUGGGGCUUAGAGGAUAUUGUGUUGGCACAGAUCAACGGCUUAUAGUGUAUGAUUACAUGCCUAACCUCAGCUUGCUGUCUCAUCUCCACGGUCAAUUUGCUGGAGAAGUCCAAUUAGAUUGGAAGAGAAGGAUGAAGAUUGCAAUCGGUUCUGCUGAAGGCCUCCUGUACUUGCACCAUGAGGUUACACCACAUAUAAUUCACAGGGAUAUAAAGGCUAGCAACGUCCUCUUAGACUCAGACUUCGAGCCUUUAGUUGCAGAUUUUGGAUUUGCAAAGCUAAUCCCAGAAGGUGUUAGCCAUAUGACCACAAGAGUUAAGGGCACAUUAGGGUACCUAGCACCUGAAUAUGCCAUGUGGGGAAAGGUCUCAGAGAGUUGUGAUGUAUAUAGUUUUGGAAUUCUCUUGCUUGAAAUCCUCACUGGUAAGAAACCAAUAGAGAAGCUCCCAGCUGGUGUGAAGAGAACUAUCACUGAAUGGGCUGAGCCAAUGAUAAUACAAAGAAGGUUUAAGGACCUUGUUGAUCCAAAACUCCGAGGAAAUUUCGAUGAAAACCAGCUUAAACAUGCCAUUAAUGUUGCUGCUCUGUGUGUCCAGAAUGAGCCUGAUAGGCGACCAAAUAUGAAGGAAGUUGUUAAUAUGCUCAAAGGAUAUGAUCCCAGAGGUAAGAUCAUGCCACUUAGAAUUGAAAGUGCUAAAUAUAAGGAAGAAUUGCUUACUCUUGAUCAAACUAGUGAUGAUGAUGAUGGUAGUGGCAGUCCAGAGGACAGUGAGUAUGGUGUUUUUGGUGCUAUGGAAGUGCAGAAAAUUCAAGACCCUUAUAAACGUUUUGGAUAUAAUACGGCAGUGACCAAAUAUGUGUAAUAAAUCAAUUUUGUUAAUACAUUAAUAGACAUUGUAUUUGUCCA